GAGAGAAAGCCACAGGGCAAAAGAGAAGAAAGCCCGCCGCCCACUCGCGAUCGCCGAGCGGACGGAGGAUUCCUUCGAGGCAGUCAUCUCGCGUCCUCUUCACUUCGAAUUCUUUACUGAAUUGGAGAUAUCGAUCGAGGUGAUUGGUACUUGGAGGGGAAGGUUGAGGGAUCGAUCAUGGCUUGUAAGGGGUUCUGGGAAUGCUUGUUGAAGCUUCUCAACUUUAUCUUGACGCUCGCGGGGUUGGCGAUGGUGGGAUACGGGGUUUACUUGCUGGUGGAGUGGAAUAAGGUCGCUUCAGGCAGCGACGGCGAAGACCCGGCUUCGCCGACGAGCAGCGAUUCCGAGUUCUUGAAGCUUGGGCGUCCCAUACUUGUUGCGGUGUCCCUUUCGUCGAGUUUUCUCGAUUAUCUCCCCAAAGCUUGGUUCAUUUAUUUGUUUAUUGGUAUUGGGGUUGUUCUAUUUGUCAUAUCAUGCUUUGGUUGCAUUGGAGCAGUUACAAGGAACGGGUGCUGCCUGUCUUGUUAUGCUUUCUUAGUGAUUCUGUUGGUUCUUGCUGAGUUGGCUGCUGCAGCUUUCAUAUUCUUUGACCAUAGCUGGAAGGAUCUUGUUCCUGAUGAUAAAACUAGGAAUUUUGACAUUAUAUAUAACUUUUUGGAGGAUAACUGGAAGAUAGCAAAAUGGGUUGCUCUUGGAGUUGUUAUUUUAGAGGCCUUGGUAUUCAUGUUAGCUCUUAUAGUAAGAGCUGUAAACAGGCCCAUUGAAUAUGACAGCGACGACGAUGUGUGCAUUGCUCCAAGAUCUUCCAUCCGACAACCAUUAAUGAAUCGGCAGGGAGCCCCAGCAACUGGAGUACCUGUACUUGGCACACUUGACCAUCGCCCUAGCAGAAACGAUGCGUGGAGCCAACGAAUGAGAGAAAAGUAUGGUCUUGAUACCUCUGAGUUCACAUACAACCCAUCAGACCCAAGCAGAUACCAACAAGCCACUGUUCCUCCGGCAGAAGAAAGGGGCCACUGCACCAUUCUAUGAGUUUUUGUUUUUGUGUGCGCCGUUUGGUAGUCUCUUCUUUUCGAUGUGUGAAGCUUUCGAGAGUUAUUUCCCUGUUUGAUUGAAUGUGUAGGUUAACUGUUUAACUCAAGAGUUUACUGCCUAAUCUCACUGCAUAAACUUCCUGCUGC